UCGGCCUAAUUGUCGUUCACUCCUCGCAUUAUAACAAUGAAGCGCAAGGGUGGUCCACAUAGCUCUAAUGCAGAAUCAAAGAAGAGAGCUCUCUCACCCGAAGAGGCGACGGCUCGAUUCGCAGAUCGGCUUUUCGAGAAAACCACCCUCGAGAAAUACAAGAAUGCCUAUACCAAUUCAGAACCUUACAAGCACGGCGUGAUCUCCCCACUCAUCGCUCCAAGCCUACUUCGCUCCGUUCGCAGCGAAAUCCAAGAACAUUUGUCAUUCACCGAUAAGGAAACCGAUAUCUACAAGAUUUUUCAAUCGGGCGAUUUGGCUAAUUUGGAUGGACUGGACGAUGCUUCGCUCGCUCGACUGCCCUCUCUCCUCAAGCUCCGCGAUGCGUUGUAUUCCUUACCGUUCAGAGAGUACUUAUCCGAAGUCACCGGGGCUGGGAAACUGAGCGGGCGCAAGACGGACAUGGCAAUCAAUGUAUAUACCGGUGGCUGCCAUCUUCUUUGCCAUGACGAUGUGAUUGGUACGCGUCGUGUCAGUUAUAUCCUCUACCUGACCGACCCAGAUGCGCCAUGGGAACCAAGUUACGGUGGGGCUUUAAGGCUAUAUCCAACAACGACGAAGACGGACAAAAAUGGAGAUGAGGUGAAGAUCCCAAGUCCGGACUUCACUUUGUCAAUUCCUCCCGCAUUCAACCAGCUGAGUUUCUUCACGGUUCAGCCGGGGGAGAGUUUCCAUGAUGUCGAAGAGGUGUACCACAUCGAAGGCGAAAGUACUAAGCAACAAAAGAAAGAACGGGUGCGCAUGGCCAUCAGCGGGUGGUUCCAUAUCCCACAAGAAGGAGAAGAUGGAUACGAACCAGGAUUAGAAGAGAAACUUGCCGAACGCAGCAGUCUGCAGCAACUCCAGGGUCAAGGUGACGAAUUUGACCGUCCACAGUCCCAAGUCACGCAGUAUGAUGAACCGACGGAUCAAUCGGCCUCCAAAGGCAAAGGAAAACAGGUCGUCUCCGAUGAAGAAGGUGACAAAGAGUUCACGGAGGAAGAUAUGGACUUCUUGCUGAAAUAUAUAUCUCCAUACUACUUGACGCCAGACGUCAGUGAGGAGUUAUCUGAAAUCUUUGGCCGUGAGUGGUCACUCAAGCUGGAGCGCGUCAUUUCCGAUAAAUUCGCCGCUCGAAUCCGGGCAUACAUCGAAGAUCAGGAGAAAGGCGCUCUGCCAACUGCCUCAGACGACAUCGAGAAACAAACAGACUGGAAGGUCAGCCGGCCUCCUCACAAACAUCGAUAUCUGUACCAGCAGCCAAGGCUGGGCAUCCAGGAGCAGGAGAAGACUCCAAUCCAAGAAUUGCUGGAGGAUCUUCUUCCCUCCAAAGCGUUCAGGAAGUGGAUGUCAGUCAUCACCGGAAUCGACAAUCUCAUGAGCUAUAACUUCCUCGCUCGCCGAUUCCGACGAGGUCAGGAUUAUACCCUUGCCACCGGAUAUGAAGGCGCCUCCCAAAGACUUGAAUUUACCAUUGGCCUGACCCCAACAUCUGGCUGGGAACCACAAGAUAACGAAGAUCUGGAAGACGCUGAAGCCCAACCAAGCAACGGAGAUGCGUCAUCGAAGGCCAAAGCAGAAGACGGCGGUCCCUCCGUUGGAGGCUACGAGAUCUACAUGGCCGGCGACGACGAUGAUGACGAAGAAGAAUUAGGCGACCCCGAGGAAGCACUAAGCUUAACGGGAACAAAGUCCAAAGUCAAAAAGACCAAGGCAGAUCCCGCCAUUUACAGAUCCGCUAUGGACAAUGAAGAUGAUGGAAUUUUGUUCAGUAUGGGCGCUGGAUGGAAUCGGAUGAGCAUUGUUCUGCCGGAUCAGGGAACGCUAAAGUUCGUGAAAUAUGUGAGUCGCUCCGCAAAGGGAGAUCGAUGGGAUAUCACGGGUGAGAUUGAGGUUAGUUUCGAAGAUGAUGAAGAGGAUGAUGAAGAGGAGUGAAUCGGUAAACGCUCUCGGCAUUUGUGGGUCUCAUCGGCAGGGUUGGUUCUGCACAUAACGUAUGUAGCACUGGAAUUGGGGACCGGCUGAUGGUGAGCGUAAUAGCGAAAGAAUUUUAUUCCUGUGUGCAUGCGUCACAUUCUUCAAGCAGUGGAAGCUGGAAGGACAAAGCCUUGGGGACCCCUCUCAUUGGAGCAGUCCAGACCACGAAGUCUUCUGAAUGUUACAUAGAUUGCU